AUGAAUUCUAGUCCCUCUUCACCGACCGCGAACGGUUACAUUUCUUUUGAAACCGUCAGAAACUGGAAAACCGAGCACGUUAACAUUUGGCUACAAGAAAAUAAUUUUCCAGAGUAUCAACAACUUUUCGCAGAGAAUGAUAUCAACGGCGAUGUGCUCUUAGAGCUAGACUAUAAUGAACUUAAAGAAAUGAACAUCGACUCUAUAGGCGAUCGAGUCAGGAUAUUGUCGGCGGUGAGAAAUUUGCUAAAAAUAUGUGCAGAGAGCAAUCAUCCAUAUUAUAUGUCUAUCAAUUAUUCAAAGGAAUUAUAUUCUCCUGAACUGGAUAGAUUCCCGAUGACGCUGUCACGAUCUGAUUCCAAUUCUCAAAGGGUUACUCGCAUCAACUCAAUUAAUAAAGGAAGCAACGGAAGGCCCAAGUCUCCGCAGCAUGUUAAGCAUUGUAUAAAAGUUAUUGGAGAAAAUCAAACGCGAAAUAUUACCAUAGAUGACGUUAGUGAUGCUGAAUCUAUUUUGGCUAGGGUUUUGCAAAAGUUUAAUAUCAACGAAGAUGUCGAAAGAUAUUCAUUAUUUACUACUAGCGAGACCGGAACCGCGCGAAGUUUGUCCGACGACGAAUUGGUGGAAAUCUGUAAGAGCGCGGACAGGCCCGAGCGAGAUAGAUUGAUUCUGCGGAAAAAGCAUCAACCGAUAAGUCACGAAGAGAUAAAGAAGCGAAAUCGGGAUAAGAAAUUGGCAAAUUUCUUUGGAGAAAAGCCACCAAGCACGUCGCAAGCACCACAAGUGGGGAUAUCACAGAAAAAACUACGAAACUUUUUCGGACAACGACCUCCAUCAGAAUUAAUUUCAUCAAAUUUGACCGAAUAUUUCCCUGGUCAUGUUAGCGAGGAACUGGAGCGUAGUGCAAGGAACUCUAUCAGAAGAGCUUCAAGAAUUUCGGCUGCAUCUAGAUAUUCAAAAACAAGAUCUAAACGCAUAUCUAGACUUUAUGAUGACGACGAUGGAGGUAACAGUAGGUUAAAUACUUUAUUGGCUCCUCCGACUGAUGAUUCUAAAUCGGCCAUCCUGGAAGAAGAAGCUGAGGAAACAGAUGAAUUUGAUGAAUUUGACGGAUUUGAAGAGGUGGAAGAAGAUUGGUCUCCAACCCAAGAAGACGAGAGUUCGUCUCUCAAAUGGAUAAAGGGUUCCCUUAUUGGCAUGGGUUCUUUUGGUAGCGUAUACCUCGGACUUAACGCCAUCACCGGUGAAUUGAUGGCGGUUAAACAAGUAGAGUUGCCCACGGGACAAUCUGCACAUGAAGAACGCAAGAUAUCAAUGUUGGACGCCCUGCAACGAGAAAUCUCACUAUUAAAAGACUUGCAUCACGAAAACAUUGUGCAAUACUUAGGCUCACAACAUGACGAAAAAACUCUAAACAUUUUCUUGGAAUAUGUUCCCGGUGGCUCGGUCGCUACAAUGCUCAACACUUACGGCCCAUUAGAAGAAACGUUAAUUCGAUCAUUUGUACGACAAAUUUUGCAAGGAUUAACUUACCUCCAUGAUAAAGAAAUUGUUCAUCGUGAUAUCAAGGGUGCCAAUAUUCUAGCUGCCAUGUUUCCGGUCUCGAAGCUUACCGAAUUUCAUUUUCAAAACUUACACAAAGUCGACAACAAGGGUGGAAUAAAGAUAUCUGAUUUUGGUAUCUCGAAAAGGGUGGAAGACCAAUUUAGGGCAGCGCAGAGGCCAUCUUUGCAAGGCUCCGUGUUUUGGAUGGCUCCCGAAGUAGUAAAACAGACAGCCUACACAUACAAAGCCGAUAUAUGGAGUUUGGGAUGUUUAAUAGUUGAAAUGUAUACCGGUGAACAUCCGUUCCCAGAGUUCAAUCAGAUGCAGGCAAUGUUUAAGAUUGGAACACAAUCUUGUUCGCCUGAAAUUCCCGAUGGCGUUUCUAAUGAGGCAAAAGACUUCUUAAAGAAAACCUUUGAAUUAAAUCACGACGAUCGACCCACAGCCAAAGUGCUUUCGGCGCAUCCAUUUGCCUCAUCAACUUCAGUUAAAUCUAGCUCGGUCUCAUCACCAUGA